CGAUGGGUCUAUCUACUGCACGCAAGCUACUCGUUGUUCUCCUGGUUACUGUGUUCGUCUUCUCCGGGAGUGCUGACGCCUGGAGCUGGAGUUGGGGUUCUGGUUCCAACGGGGGUUGGGGAUGGAGCUCCGGCAACUCUGGCGGUUCUUCUGGCUCCGCUUCUGGUGGUUCUGAAGACUCUAACUCGGGUGGUUCAAGCUGGGGUUACGGAUGGAGCUCAGACGGAACAGAUAUUGACUGGGGUUGGGGAGGCAGCUCUGGCUCAAACCAUUCUAGCGGUACUGGCUCUACACGCAAAAGUCACAGCCCUGGCCAAAAUCCCUCAAGCCGCACUGGCCCUACACACAACGAUCAUAGUUUGGGCUCAAACCACUCAAGCAUCGUUGGUUCUACACACAACAACCAUAGCUCGGGCUCAAACCACUCGAGCAUCACUGGCUCCACACACAACAACCACAACACCGGCUCAUCAAACCACUCGAGCAUCGUUGGUUCUACACACAACAAUCAUAGCUCUGUCUCGAACCACUCAAGCAUCACCGGUUCUACUCACAACCACACGGCUCCAAGGAGGGGGAGAAAGAUUGCGAUUACUGUGUGGAAAAACGGAUACGGUUACACAGAAUGGGCUACAAAGCAUGCCCCUUUCUACGUCAACGAUAUUCUUGUUUUCACGUACAACAACAACAACAAUGAUCAAACCCAAUCCAAGACGACGAAACACAACAACAACAAGAACGACGUCUACUUGCUCCCAGACAUUAAAAGCUUCAAGAGGUGCGAUGUGGCGAGAGGCAAGAAGCUGGCCGCACGAAGAGGUUCAUCAUCAUGGGGCUUCAAGUUGCUUCUCCGUAAGGUUCAGACUUACUACUUCGUCAGUGGAGACCCAAACGGCUGCAACCACAACAUGAAAUUCUCUGUCCACCCGAUCCCCCACCCUUCUUCUCACUAAACUCUAAAUCUAGUUCACUUGUUAUUUCCUUUUCUUUAAAGUUUAAACUUUGAGUUAGUUUAU